AUGUCAGGUGAAAAGAUCCUCGAAGGCUGUUUCGCCAUCCACAAGCCCCAAGGCGUCACAUCUGCAGAUGUCCUCCGCAAAUGCCAAGAGCACUUCAAUCCCUCCAAAACAUUCGCCCCCUGGCUCGAACACGAGCGCGAGCGCCGUGAACGCGAAAACCAAUUCCAGCAGAAGCGCCGCCGGCAAAAGAAAAUCGAGGUCAAGAUCGGACAUGGCGGAACACUCGAUCCGCUCGCGACAGGAAUUCUCAUUGCCGGUGUUGGAAAGGGUACCAAAUCCCUGAGCAGCUUCCUGGCAUGCACUAAGUCCUAUGAGACUGUUGUGCUGUUCGGUGCCGAGACAGAUACCUAUGAUCGCAUGGGUAGGAUUGUUCGCCGAGCUCCGUAUGAGCAUAUCACGCGGGAGAAGGUUGAGGAGGCGCUGAAGCAGUUCCGGGGACCUAUUAUGCAGAAGCCGCCUAUUUUCUCGGCGUUGAGAAUUAAUGGAAAGAGGCUUUAUGAGUAUGCGCGGGAGGGGACGCUUCCGCCUGUGGAGAUUAAGUCUAGACCUGUUGAGGCUGUGGAGUUGGAGAUUGUGGAGUGGUAUGAGCCUGGUACGCAUCAGUUUGAGUGGCCAAAGGAGAAGAUGCAGGGUGCGGAGAAGAGGGUUGCGGAACAGUUGCUUGAUCAGCAGGCUGGAGUGACUGCUCCCCAGACGGACGCGGAGGCUGUACCUGCUAAGCGCAGUGCUGCGGAUAGUCCCGAAGAGCAAGAUGCUGACAAGAAGCAGAAGGUUGAUGAUAGUGGUGAGGCUCAGACGGUUGUGCCUGGGUCUGAGUCUGCGCCUGCGCCUGCUUCGGAAACCGCUACUGCAGAUGCAUCAGCUGAGACUGAGACUGAGACUGCGAAGAAAGAUGAUUUGGACUCAGACUCUGAAGCUGAGGCUGCAGAUGGCUCGAAGAAGCAGCGGCCUCAACCUCCUGCAGUUAAGAUCCGAAUGACUGUUACUUCUGGUUUCUAUGUCCGGUCUUUGGCUCAUGACCUGGGCAAUGCUGUUGGCAGCUGUGCACUCAUGAGUGAGCUCAUACGGUCCCGCCAGGGUGAUUUUGAGCUUAGCCCUGAGAAGGUUCUGCAGUACGAAGAUCUAGAAAAGGGCGAGGAUGUCUGGGGCCCUAAGGUGGAGGGAUUCCUCAGUGCGUGGGAGGACAAGAUGGCUGCACAGGCAGCAGAAGCGACCAAAACCGAUGCCGAAAAAUAG